AUGUGGAGUGGAGUGGGCCUAGGACCGGAUCAGGCUCACACCGUCGCAUUUUGGCGUGGCCUGUGGUCAGAGCCCGUAAACCACACCGAGGGCCCUUGGACGGAAGUUGUUGCGAAUCAGUGUGCGAGUAUUACGCCCAUGCACCCCGUCAUCAUAACGGCGGAUGACGUAGCUGAGGCGGUCCGUAGAGCCCCGAACUGGAAAAGUCCGGGACUCGACGGGCUGCAUCACUACUGGCUGAAGGGUUUCAUGGUGUGUCACGCUGUGCUCGCCCGUCAGUUUCAAGAGGCUCUCUACCAGAAGUCGCUCCCUAGCCUAUUCACUACUGGGAUCACUCAUUAG